GCCACUCCAACUAUAUUUAUAUGUGCAAAGCGCAACAUCUCCCCCAUCAACUUCGUCACAACAUCUCUGCACUUCUCUAUCAAAGCAGUGAUGGAUCUUGAUCUUCCGACUUUUGGUUACGCACUAGUCUUAGCCAUCACACUAUUGUUUUUGUACACCAAACUCAAAAAGUCCAGCUCAGGCAGCGGCGGCAAAGCUGCACCCGUCGCAGCUGGUGCAUGGCCAUUAAUCGGUCACCUCCCGCUGUUAGGCGGACCGUUGGCCCCUCACGAAACAUUGGGAAAUUUGUCUGAUAAAUACGGACCUGCCUACAUGAUCCGCAUCGGUGUUCAUCAGGCACUGGUGGUGAAUUCGAGAGAUAUUGCCAAGGAGAUAUUUACCACUAAUGAUAUGGCUGUUUCCUCUCGUUCCAAAUUGGCAGCUGCUGAACACCUGGGUUACAACUAUGCCAUGUUCGGGUUCUCUCCUUACGGACAAUACUGGCGUGAAAUGCGCAAAAUAACAAUGUUGGAGGUGCUAUCCAACCACAGGAUUGAUCAGCUCAAGAAAGUAUUUGUAUCGGAAAUACGAGGGUCACUAAAACAACUAUACAAGACUUGGGCUGAGAAAAAGGAUGGCUCUGGUAAGGUGUUGGUUGAGAUGAAGAAGCAUUUUGCGGACUUGACUUUGAACGUCAUUCUCAGGACGGUUGCUGGGAAGAGGUAUAAUGUUGCUGUGGAGGAAGACCAGAAAGUGGUGUCCAGAUACCGCAAGGCUUUACGGGAUUUCUUUCACUUGUUGGGCAUAUUUGUGUUGGGAGACGCAGUUCCUUUUCUCCGACGUCUGGAUUUGGGGGGCUACGAGAAGUGGAUGAAGAAAACUGCAAAAGAGUUGGACGAAAUUGCCGAUGGAUGGCUCGACGACCACAGGAAGAACGGAAGAUGGGAUGAGAACAAAAAGGAGAAGGAUUUCAUGGAUGUUAUGAACUCUGUUCUUAAAGAUGCAAACCUCGCUGGAUAUGAUGCUGAUACCAUCAACAAAGCCACUUCCUUGAAUAUGAUUUUUGCAGGCAGUGACACUACGACCGUUACAUUAAUAUAUGGUCUCUCGCUUAUGCUAAACAAACCACAAACGCUGAAAAAGGCUCAAGAAGAACUGGACGCCCAUGUAAGCAAGGACCGAUUUGUGAAUGAAUCAGACAUCGGGAAAUUGGUGUACAUCCAAGCCAUUGUUAAAGAGACAUUACGAAUGUAUCCACCUGCACCUCUUUCAGCUCCUCGCGAGCUUAGUGAAAGCUGCAAUAUUGGAGGGUAUGAAAUCCCCGAAGGCACUCGCCUGAUUAUAAACCUUCAUAGGAUCCAAAGGGACCCUAACGUAUGGCCAGAACCAUCAGAAUUUAUGCCGGAAAGGUUUCUGACAACCCACAAAGAUGUGGAUGUUAGGGGUCAGCAUUUUGAACUGAUGCCCUUUGGCAGUGGUAGGAGAAGCUGUCCUGGAACAUCGUUUGCGCUUCACAUGCUGUACUUGACCAUGUCUAAUUUCUUACACGCCUUCAAUUUCUCUACACCAAAUAAUGGUUUGAUCGACAUGAGUGGCACUCUUGGAUUGACUAACAUGAAAUCUACCCCGCUUGAAGCACUUGUUGCUCCUCGCCUUGCUCCUGAGCUCUAUAACUGAAAUCCAUGUGAAGAUUAUAA